AUGCCCGAUCCAGGACCUCUAACCGGGUCUUCGGAGCAAUCCACGAUUACAGAGCUUCUCUCUCAAAUAACCAACCUACAGACCCGCAAUCCGGAGGUCAAGUCGAUUUCUAAGGUGCCAAAAUUCUACAAACAGGAUCCAGCAUGUUGGUUCCUGAUUGUAGAGGCAGCCUUAGCGCGGGCAAGAAUCACAAGCGAAAAGUCAAAAGCACAGGAGCUCAUUGCUCAGCUAGACCCAGAUAUCGUCGCGCAUGUAAAGGACAUUAUUAAUCUGCAACCUGACAACCUAUACAGUCAAAUUAAAGACAGAUUAAUUUCAACCUAUUCUAUCUCAAACGAGGCCAAGCUGCGGCAGCUUUUAAAAGGGGAGGUCGUCAACGAAGGGAAACCUUCGCUCUUAUUAAACAGACUUAGAAGUUUAAAUGACAACGCGUGCAGCGACGACGUACUCAAAUCAAUCUUUCUAGAGCAACUCCCAAGCUCAAUACGCGCCAUUUUGGCCAUGUCCCAAGUCGCCGAUCUGUCGGCCCUUGCGACUUUGGCAGACAAGGUUUGCGAGGCCUCAAGCCCAACCACUUUCCAAACUUUCGCGGUAGCACCGCAUAGUGCAACCACGUCCAACGUGGUUAACCCAUCGUCGGCAUCGGUUUCCCAAUCUGCUACAGAUCCUAUCGUGGCAAUAGUGGCGCAGCAAACCAAGCUGCUAGAGGAACUCUCAAAUCGAAUAGCUCAACUCGAGCGUCAACGCGGUCGCCCCACCGUCAGGUCAAAUUCGCGGGGAAACUUCGGUCCGCGUAAUCGCAGUAAAUCCAAUAAUAGGGGAGGUCCAUGUUUUUAUCACGACCGGUACCGUAAGAAGGCGCAUAAAUGUCAGGCACCCUGCUCGUGGAAACCGGCCGAAAACUCAACCUCGGAAAACUAA